AUGACUCGAACACAGGCAGAAAGAGUCAUGAUAUAUACAACUAUACCAGAGUACGGUGUUACAUCAUGUAUAGAGUAUCAGUAUUGCUUCAAUAGUACCUUUUCUGGCAUUGUGUCAACUAUCAAAUGUGAGAAACAUCAUGGCGCAAACAAAGCUGAAUCGCAAUCGCCGCUCGAGUGCCGCGGGGAAUGUUCCCAUGGGGCAACGGGAAUGGAGUUGCGAACGGACGGGCCUGGCUCCGUAGGCGCAAGCGGUCUCGAAGACUCCGACUGGUCCCCAGCCCAGCUGUGUCUACUAGUUAUUCGUACUAUAACUAAGUCUACCUACGGAUACAUACGAUCGAUACGCAAGGGAGUCGGAGACAGAGCCGGCGAUUCCAUUCCAGCUGCCAUCCCCAAUCCAGAUAUCAUCAAAUUCAGAGUUUCUGACUCUGCAUCGGGUCUAUCCAGGCUGCUUUCCGUCUCUUGGUGCCUCGGUGUCUCGCAUCCUUCAAUUGUGAUUGUCGACGGCCCCUGUCGGUGCGAUUGUGCCGCUUGCCCACCCCCACGAUGCAGCAGUGACAAACACGAGGCCGGCACCCCCUACUGUGAUACUGAGGCCGACCUAGAACGGGAGGGAGAGACACCGGCGGUAUUGGCGAUGAUUGUGUGUGAUGAGAGGCAGGGGUUUGAAGAGGAAGACUGGACGCCGAGCGACGAUACGGAAGAGGCCCGCAGACCGCCGACGGGGAAGCGGCGGGAGCUGUCUGCCUGUCUCACAGCGCACAUCUUAGUAGGAGCAUCGAUUUGGCGAUAUCGACAGGCCAACAGCGGCAGAGCGGCAGCCAACCAGCCAAAAAGCAAAGAAAACGGAAAAUGA